AUACUGCCAGCAGAAGUCUUCCAUCUUCCAUCUUCCAAGAUCUCCCAACCUCUGAUAAUUCUAGAUCCGAUCGAUUAUGUAUAGUCGAUUGGCCAUGAAGUCCAUCCGGGCUGAUCUAAAUCAAGCACUAAUCGGACCCAGCCCAUGGCGCCAUUCCCUCUAAGGUGGACAUCCGCCCCACGGGUUGGAAAUCAAUUCCAGAAUAAUAAUGGCUCGCCUUCGCGUCCCUCCUAACAAGUAUUUCUUUCUUUCUAUCUCCACGAUUGAUCACUGGCUUGUUGAUAGUCUCGUCAGUGAAAAUUGCAGCGCAUUGCUCUUACCUCAAAGAACUCUGUGAAUUGCUUACAAGUGGCAAUCGCAGUCAUGGGGCGUCCCUCUGUCCCUCUGUCGGCGGAUCUUCCGCCACUCAUUAUGGGCACCGCGACCUUCAAUUCUCAGUACAACCAGGAUCCAUACGCCCUCCCCACGACGGAACUAGUUCAUCGUGCUCUCUCGAACGGUGUCCGCGCUUUCGAUACGUCCCCAUAUUACGGCCCAGCCGAGGAGCUUCUUGGUCGUGCUCUGGCUACUGAUUACAUUCGCUCGAAUUUCCCCCGUCAUACAUACCGAUUGCUCACCAAAGUGGGCCGAGUGGCAGCCUCUUCCUUUGACUAUUCUCCGAAAUGGGUGAGGUACAGCGUGAAGCGAAGUCUGCGCCGCCUCCAUACCGAUUACUUGGAUGUGGUCUACUGCCAUGAUGUUGAAUUCGUGAGCCCCGAGCAGGUCCUCGAGGCGAUUCGAGAGUUGCGCCGCAUACGCGAUACCGAAGGCACUAUUCGCUACGUUGGCAUAUCGGGAUACCCUGUGGAUGUACUGUGCGACCUUGCAGAAUUGGUCUUGCGCGAGACAGGCGAGCCACUCGACGCGGUGCAGUCAUACGCCAAUUUCACACUCCAGAAUACCCGACUGCUCACCCAGGGUCUCCCUCGGUUAGUGGCCGCCGGCGUGGACGUGAUUCCCAAUGCGUCGCCGUUAGGUAUGGGCCUUCUACGGCGCAAGGGUGUGCCCAUUGGAAGCAUGGGCGAUUUUCACCCCGCUCCAGACGGUCUUCGGAAAGCCAUUCGCAGUGUGAGCGAGUGGGUCGAUGCUCAAGGAGAGAAACUCGAGGUGAUUGCCAUCCGCUUCGCUCUCGAGUCGUGGCUCCACGACGGUGCUAAGGCUGGGGCUCUAGGCCCGCCUCUUGCGCGGUCCCCCGGCGCUGAUCCUGGAUUCCUCUCCGUCGCCCACAUGGGAACGGGCGAGCGGCUAGGUGUCAGCGUGAUGGGUGUAAGCAAUAUAGAGGAACUGAACGAGACAUUGCGCGUUUGGCGCAGCGUUGUCGAUGGACUGGAGAACCAGGACAACGAGGAAGAUGCCAGCGAACAUGCUCAGGCCGCUGCUAUACCUACCGCAUCCCAAGCGCCAGCCAUCCUCACGCCAUCUGAAGGAGUCAUCACCGACCGUGCUUGGUCCAAAUCGCGUCGCAGUCGCAUCUUGUCCCUCGCUCAAGGCAUCCGGUCCAUUCUUGGCCCGCAAUGGGUGGACUAUACAUGGCCCAGCCCUGGCCCAGAUUUUGUUAACUCGCAGCCCGCCGAGCAUCUCGCUCUCCUAGAAAAACUUGAUAUCGAAACGGCCGGCUCGAAAACUCAGAAUGUUGGUUUGGUUACCGGAAAGCAGGACGAGCCUAUGGUAACACCCCCUUUGGACGCGGUGGACAAGCAGAUACCCUUUGGCACAAUGCCAUCCAAUGUUGCUUUAUGAUAUUUUUCUUUUUGACAUUAUGACCCAUGAUGAGUGCACACCUUGAUAGAAUUCAUAGGGGAAAGGUAUACAAAGGGUCUCUUCUCGGACCUUUCACGAGGUAUUAUCGACUUCCUCUGCUUUUUGAUUCGGAAGCACCGUUUUAUUCAUCCCUUUGUCUUAUAGACGUCUUCCCAAAGGACAAAUAAAUUCUUGGCAUGUGUGUCAGUCUGAAUCAGUAUUCCCCCGAAUCAUCCUCUCCAAGCAAUCGCAUAUAGCGCUUCCUUGAUGAGAAAGAGGUGGAAGGGAAUUUUGCAAAACGGAACGGAGGCGAGUGCAUCUCUGUAACCUGUAGCAUUUCG